CCUGGGAGAGCGCUGGACUCAAUCCUUUACUGGACUUUACUUCAGAAUUUUCAGUCUUUAUCAAGAAUAAUUUCUGGGAUAGUGUGACAAUGAACCAGUUUGAAGAGACGGAGAGAUUGAAAAUGGACAGAAAGCUGUUGAAGCCUCAGGUUGAGCGUCGAAGACGAGAACGAAUGAACCGCAGUUUGGAGAACCUGCGACUUUUAGUCCUGCAAGGCCCUGAGCAACAGGCCGUGUCUCAGAGGCGAGUGGAAAAAGCUGAAAUCCUAGAACACACGGUCCUCUUCCUGCAGAGCUCCAUCGCAGAGGCCAAGAAACCCAGAGCAGAAGAUGAAUCCUCAUCAGAUGGUCAUCAGUUCCUGGAUGGGUUCUCAGCAUGUUUACAGAAAGCAGCUCGCUUCCUGCAGGAGCAGAGUGAGGCUCGAGGCCUGCACGACUCUCUGUCCUCGUCCCUGCACCGGUGCUUGAGCCGCCGUCCACACCGGCCCAGCGUCAGAGACGUGAGGCACAUCGCACAGGGACUGCAGAGUGUGAGGAGACACUCGCACACACCCUCACACCCGUACAGGAUGCCGCUGCAAGACACAGACCCUAACAGUGUCCGGCAACACCACAACCAGAACACGGCCAGUACACCGUGGCCCACGACGAGCCCACAGGCAACUGGCAGACAGAGCGUGUGGAGACCGUGGCCUUGAGGCUCACACACACACACACACACACACGGACUGGGUGUGACAGCAUUGGGCUUGUGUAAUAUUUUUUUAGAUAAAGAAGAUAUUUAUUUAGUGUUCAGAACACAGUGUUUUUAUAAAAGUGGUUGUGCUUUAACUCCUGAAACUUUUAGUUUAUAAAAAAUUCACACACUUGAAGAUGAAGAAGAGUUUAAAGUGUCAGACUUGUAAAUAGUGUAUAAAUGAUACUUAAUAUUUUUUUUAAGGAAGGAUUCUCCGCUGCUCUGUACUGUGUCUAUCACUUCUAUUGCUGCUUUUGGGGAUAUUUAUCUAUUUUUGCACAUUUUAAUUUAUUCACUUCACCCCCAUCGAACA